AUGACAUUUCCUAAGAAGCUUUCAUCAAGUUAUUGGUUUAACCAUUUGAAAUUUACCCAACCAAAGAUAAUAACUUUUGAUGCAUACAAUACUCUAUAUUGUACUACGUUACCUGUUAUGGAACAGUACAGUAAUGAAGCUAAGAAAUGUGGCAUUGAUGUCCCUGCUCAGGUUCUCACUGAACGUUUCCCAAAGUGUUUUAGCAAGAUAAAAGAAAAAUAUCCAAACUAUGGUAAAUUUAGCGGUAUGGAUGCCGAUGAGUGGUGGAGUAUUCUAAUAAGGGAUAUUUUUAAACCUCAUAAAGUUCCAAAUGAAAUUGUCCAAAAUAUCUUGAAGAGGUUCGAAGGUAAACAAGCAUAUGCUGUGUAUCCAGAUGUUUUGGAACUAUUACAAUUCCUAAAAGAAAAUCAUCCUGAAGUAGUUAUUGGAAUCAUUAGUAAUACUGACCCCAAAGUAUAUAAAUUACUAGAGAAUCUCGGAAUCUUGAAAUAUUUCGAGAACUUCACAUACUUCUCCUACGAUCUUGAAUUGUCAAAACCAGACACAAGAUUUUUUGAGUUUGUUUUUAAGGAUAUAAUUAAAAAACGGCCAAAUAUUCUUCAAGAUAAAGAAUCUCUUUCUACAUUGAAAACAAAAUGCUGGCACGUUGGUGACGAGUUAAAAAAUGACCUUCAAGGCGCUCAAGCUGCAGGUUGGAAUAGUGUCCUAAUUGAUAGGAAUAACAGUCAUGGGUACCUUGACGAAAAUGUACUUAUCGGUUCAAAAUUUUCCGAUCACAACUUGUCAAUUCAAAAAGUUGACCAAACAAUGAGUAAAAUAUGGGAAUCAUGCAAGGAUGAAGAUAGUGGUGUCCAAUUGACAACCACUAGUUUUAUUUUACCUAACCUAUAUGCAUUUAAACAAUUUUUCUUUUAA